UUUUUCAACACUAUCUACAUACUUUUUGGCAAAACCUAUUGUUUGAUCGCGCUUUUAUCAGUUAGUGUAUAAAAAUGGUGCUUAUUAUGCCCGUUUCCCCGCCAGAAAAUGGUCUGUUGUACACAGCCAACAAUAUAAAGCUUAAACUGGGCGACAAAGUAGUGGGGGAAGGCACAAUUUAUAUCGCCCAAAAUACGCUUUCCUGGCAGCCGAGCGACCUGGCAGAGGGUAUUUCCAUUGAGUGGAAGCAGGUGAGCCUGCACGGGAUCUCCUCGAACCCGAGAAAGUGCAUCUACUUUAUGUUGGACCACAAGGUGGAGUGGAGCGGGGUUUAUGGAGAUCCUCCUCAGCCGGCGGUCAACGGGCAGAACAGAGGUGGUCCAGAUGCGGAGGUGGAUGAGGGCAACGGAAGCGAUGAGCACGAGGAGGACGACAACUUUGAGGAUGCCGUCGACGAGCAGUUCGAGGAGGUCACAGAGUGCUGGCUGCUGCCAGACGACAUUCACACCGUAGACACCAUGUACAGUGCCAUGACCACUUGUCAGGCAUUGCAUCCGGACUCGGCAGACAGCGACUCGGACGACAGCGAUCCCAUGCAGGAUGCAGGCGGCCUAGACGACGACGCCAUGGAGGAGGAGGACGCUUUGACGCUGGGACGCAAUGGCGUUCAAAAUCUCAGCCUGGACGACGAUGACGAGCGAUUUGAAGACGCCGACGAGUAAAGCAUCACCUAUAUAACUAUAUCCCUUUUUUACCAGAAUAAGUGUAUGAAUUGUAAAGACAUAUUUGUAUUUGAUUAGAUUUUGGAGUACUGAAUAAAAAUACGCUGCAAGCGCGUCUAAGAACUA